AUUCUUCUCCGAGGCACCAUUUAGAUUGUAAGAUGUACCUGUACACUAAUCGCUACACGCUUCGUGGACUGUGGCUCAAGGUGACGGUGGAUUUCAAACGCGACGCGGGCGUCGAGAAUCUCUACCAGCCAGCUAUGUACACCAUACAGGAACUGGUGGAGACAGCGGCGCGUCCGAAGAGCUACAGACCGCCAGUGACCAUCAUGGCCGGUGACAAGGAUGACUGGUAUUACGGAAUCCUGGAAAUAGAUGGUUUUGUUUGGGUGGAAAACCAUCAGAUUGAUCAGGCCAGCUUGCAAGAGUUCCCAGAAGAAAAGAUGGAGGUGAAUCCGAAGAAAUUCACUCCAAGCUUUACCCGCACCGAAUUACAGAACAACUUCGAAACGUGGAAGAAGGACUUCGCUAAGAUCAAGAUGAGAAUCCCCAAUGGUCUUCACCCGGUUGGCCGCUUCUUCAUCAGGACGGUGCAAGGGUAUAACAAGAUGCCUACCCUUGGCGGUGAAGCGGAGCUUGCCAGGGGGCAAAAGAGGUUCUACGAUGGCAUGCUCAAGACUCUUGUUGGUCGUCAAGUCACCAUCUGGAGUCCACAGGAUGCGCUAAAUGCGUGGAACGCACGCAAGUGCCUCCUUAGGUGCUCCAGCCAACGGUAAACACUUGAAAAUGUCUGUGUUUUCAGGUUUUCCAAUGUGCUGGAAGUAUUAUGUAAAAAUCUUUUCGCGAUCUCUUGAA